AUGGAAGACAACCACAUCUACCAAUACUCCCUCCUCAACGCCCUCAUGGACGGCGUCUGUGAAACCGGCAUUACCGCGUCGAAGUUCGCUCAAAAAGGCAACCAAGGUCUCGGCACUUUCUCUCGCAUGAAUGGCGAACUCCUCUUCCUCGACGGCACAGUCUAUCAACUCCAAGCCGAGGGAAACGUCCGCGAAGCCUCACCCGACGACCAGAUCCCCUUCGCCGUGAGCACCAAGUUCGUGCCGCAGCAGACGACGAAGGUGGAGUUCAAGGACAAGAAUGACGUCGACCGUGCGCUGGAUGGGUUCAAUGACCACGCGAAGAAUUUGUUCAUGACGUAUAGGAUCAACGGGAAGUUCGAGUACCUGAAGUGCAGGACCGUGCGAGGGCAGGAGUACAAAGGACAGCCUCUUUCCGAACUCAGUCAGAAGCAAUCGGUGGAGGUGUACGAGAAUGUGGAGGGGACGAUCAUUGGGUUUCGAACGCCGAAGAAUUGGCAGGGGUUUGGGGUGGCGGGCGAGCAUUUGCAUUUCAUGCAGGGUGAUCGGAAGGCUGGGGGGCAUGUGUUGGAGGUGAGGGCGAAGGAGGUGGAGAUGCAGAUGGCGGUCGCGUCGAAUGUGCAUGUUGAGUUGCCGACGACGGAGGAUUUUAAUGCGGCGUCGUUGGUUACGGAUGAUGAGGGGGUGAAGAAGGCGGAGGGGUGA